CUCAUGCCUACAUUUCCUCGUGCUACAUUUGACACCAGUAGGCAGCGCGCGCAGAGACACAUUCGGAUUUUAUCAUGUCAAUUCAUUGUAACCGUCCCGCUCCGCUGCCUAGAAAAGUUUUAGCUUUUAUAUCGGACAACAAGUAACGUUUUAUGUGGUUUUCACCCUCGCGUUGGUGUUUGCCACGGACACAUUUCCUACCAAGCGGUCAAAGAAGUAGCCGCUGACGGGUCAGAAGACGUAAAAUUCACGAUUAUGGACAGGGAGACUUGUUGCAUGUGAUGACAGCGGUGAUACACCCGAUCCAUGCGGGAGGGAUUGGGCUAACCUUAACGCCUGUUGCUUCGGCUUUGUAUGUGUGAGGUCUAUGGAAAUGCAGGAUCUAGCCAGUCCUCACAGCCGAGUAAGUGGAAGCAGUGAAUCUCCUAAUGGUCCCAACCUUGACAACUCACACAUCAAUAACAAUUCCAUGACACCCAAUGGCACUGAAGUUAAAACCGAGCCAAUGAGCAGCAGCGAAAUCGCCACCUCAGUAGCAGACACCUCUCUAGACAGCUUCUCAGGAUCAGCUAUUGGAACCAGUGGCUUCAGCCCAAGACAAACUCACCAGUUCUCUCCACAGAUUUAUCCUUCCAACAGAACAUAUCCGCAUAUUCUUCCUACUCCUUCAUCCCAAAAUAUGGCUGCGUAUGGGCAGACGCAGUACACCACAGGAAUGCAGCAGGCUGCAGCUUAUGCUAGCUACCCCCAGCCUGGACAGCCGUAUGGCAUCCCAGCUUAUGGCAUAAAAACGGAAGGGGGUCUGAGCCAGUCCCAAUCCCCAGGACAGACGGGCUUUCUAAGCUAUGGCUCUGGCUUCACCACGCCGCAGACUGGACAGGCCCCCUACAGCUACCAGAUGCAGGGUGGUACUUUUACAACAACUUCAGGAUUGUAUGCAGGAAACAACUCCCUGACAAAUUCGACUGGCUUCAACAGCACACAACAGGACUACCCCAGUUACCCAGCCUUUGGCCAGGGCCAGUAUGCUCAGUAUUACAACAGUUCACCAUACACAUCACCCUACAUGACAAGUAACAACACUAGCCCCAGCACACCCUCCACCACCACCACCUAUACCCUCCAGGAGCCGCCCGCUGGCAUCACCAGCCAGGCCCUCACAGACAACUCUGCAGGAGAGUACAGUACCAUCCACAGUCCAUCAACCCCCAUUAAAGAUUCAGAUUCGGAUCGAUUGCGCCGGGCCUCUGAUGGAAAGUCACGUGGCCGGGGAAGAAGGAACAACAACCCAUCACCGCCGCCCGACUCCGACCUUGAGCGAGUUUUCAUCUGGGACCUGGAUGAAACCAUCAUCAUUUUCCAUUCCCUGCUUACGGGUUCUUAUGCCAACAGAUAUGGACGGGACCCACCGACAUCUGUAUCAUUAGGCCUGAGGAUGGAAGAAAUGAUCUUCAACUUGGCCGACACACACCUAUUCUUUAACGACUUAGAGGAAUGUGACCAGGUACAUAUUGACGAUGUGUCCUCCGAUGACAACGGUCAGGAUCUAAGUACGUAUAACUUCAGCGCUGAUGGUUUCCACGCAGCAGCGACCAGUGCCAAUCUAUGUCUUGCCACAGGCGUGCGGGGGGGCGUGGACUGGAUGAGAAAACUGGCCUUCCGCUACAGACGAGUAAAAGAAAUCUACACCACCUACAAAAAUAACGUUGGAGGUCUGCUGGGCCCAGCCAAAAGGGAAGCCUGGUUGCAAUUGCGAGCAGAAAUUGAAGCCUUGACGGACUCCUGGUUAACACUGGCACUGAAAGCACUAACAUUAAUCCACUCUAGGUCAAACUGUGUGAAUAUCCUGGUGACCACAACGCAGCUCAUCCCUGCCCUGGCUAAGGUCUUGCUCUAUGGCUUGGGAAUAGUCUUUCCUAUUGAGAAUAUUUAUAGUGCAACCAAAAUAGGGAAGGAGAGCUGCUUUGAGCGAGUAAUUCAAAGGUUCGGGAGGAAAGUUGUUUACAUUGUUGUUGGAGAUGGUGUGGAAGAGGAGCAAGGCUCAAAAAAGCACAACAUGCCCUUCUGGAGGAUCUCCAGCCAUUCAGAUCUCAUGGCCCUCCACCAUGCUCUAGACCUGGAGUACUUGUAGCACUACACCCUUUGUCGUACACCCUGCUCCACCUCAGCACACCCUGCAAUCUUUUACCUUCGCCCUCCAGCCCUGUCCCACGCUUGCCGCAGACCCCACAGCUCAGAAAAAAAGCCCCUCUGCGCUGCCUGGCGUCUGUCUUCCACUUCACAGGAAGAAAAGAAGAGGAGAAUGGGAAAAAAAGAAGGCUGAGCACACGGUCAAUGUGCUGACAUGCGGUCACACUUCGUCUUAACCUUAAACUUUUUUUUUUUCUUUUUUUCUGGAAACGAAGGAGAGAGGUGAAUUUACGGCGCUGCAGCUGCUUGCCCUGGUUACUGUGAAUUGGCCGCUUUCUGAAGCUGUCAAAGUGUUUUAUGGUCCCCUGUUUGUGCCGGGACUCUGUCGGGGUUCACACCUGUGAGGAGAGCAGAGCUACUGAUGGCCUCGCCUGCCUCGCUUCAUGUCACCUCGCCUCGCCACAGAACUCAGCUAUAGUAAACCACAGGCCCACAACUCCUGGUGGUGACAUUUCUCCAUCUCUCUAGCUCUUCGCCCCUCUGCUCUUCACCUCCUGUCUCUCUAUGUUCCUUAUCUGUCUAACUACUUUUUAUUCUCCCCUGCGUCAUGAGACAGACAGAUAAAGUGACUGCUCCUCUGUUAAUGGCCUGGGAGUCCUGUGCUUCUUAUUUAUGAACGGUGACUUUGUGAUUGGCGUCAUGCCACUGAGAAGGUACCUCGACGAUAAAAGACUCGUGCCUUUUACAAAGUACUAUUGAUUUCCACCACAGCGAGAGGAAGACAUUUAUGGAAGAAACAAAAAAAGAGGUUUUCUAAUAAUUUAAGAAAAUUACAAACUUUAUUUACAAUACUGAGACAAUCGUGUACAGAGGAAAUCUUUUUUGUGUGUGUAAGUUUGUAAUCACUGGACUAUUCCUUCCUAUAUUCAUUUAGGUACGUGCUCUUGAAAGGCGGCAAUGCUUUUACAUUGAAGUUAAAAAAAAAGGCAUCCCAUCGCACAUAAGCUUGUGCGAUGCCUGAAAGUGUUGAUGUGUUCAAGUUUUGUUCAGUAAACGAAUAUGUAGAUAAUGGGAUUUUGUGAUAAACUGUUUUGUCAAGACCAAAAGCAUGGCCAGCAUCCUCUAUUGCAAGUC